AUGUCACUUCAUCUGUACAGGGUCUUUUUCGUCUUGUUAUAUUUUAUGAAUCUGCAUGCCAAUGGGAGCAUCGUUAGGCUACCCUGUAAAAUGCAAAUGAAUUUCGACAUUGUAUUGCCCAAUAUUGCACUUGCCAACACUGCUCUUAGCACGUAUACGAACACCAACCGAAGGCAGUGUUGUCUGCACUGCCUUUCACACCCAAAAUGCAAAUCUGCUAAUCACAACAAGGAUACCGGGCUCUGUGAAAUAUUUGAUAUUGGAUUUCUUGCUGUUAUUCAAAAAUUAACCGAAAAGGCUGGUUGGACAUUUCUUGGCACUACGGAUGAGGAAAAUACUUGCUUUUCCAAGCCAAAUCCUUGUAAAAAUGGUGGUGUCUGCAAAGAAAGUUGUAAUACAGCAGGAUACGAGUGUUCUUGUCCCAAAGGCUUUUACGGAGACAACUGUCAAGAUGACCUGAUGUCAUUGCUUAGCAAGUUCUGCAGUUUAGUGUUGCAUGGUACGUUGCCUCGUUUUGACGGGAGCUCUCAAAAUCUUGAUGGCUAUCAAUGGCGUUGCUACAAAGUUCCAACACUACGCGCAGAUAAGUUGUUAUGGGCUGGUUCUUUGACUGAAUACUUCACAAGAACAUACUUGGCCUCCAUAAUCAGUCAACAUGUUCAAGCUGAAGAAUACAAAGUCGGAUCGUUGAAUGCUUCUUGUUCAGAAACAUGCGCAGGCUUGGGGAAAUCCUGUAAUCCAGCAAUCAACACGCUCAACUCAGUUUACAUGUUUAAAAUGGCCGGGACUGUUUGCAAAUACCCAAGAACAGCAUCCGACGUAUUGUCUGCCUACUACCAGAACAAAGAAGAUCCUUUCUACUUGCCAUCUACGGGUAUUUGCUAUGGGUUUGCUAGAGUUCCAGUCAAUAUCGAUUGUGCAGCCAAGCAUCAUGAAAGGCAGCGACUCUGCAGAUGCACUUGAGCUACAUAUUUAUUAAGCACCGUGUAUGUACCGGGCUAUUAUGGACCGGGUUUAAAUUAACUGGGCUUUAGUGCACCGGGUUUUUAAUAUACAUUUGACAUCCGCUAUCUCGAACUCUGAAGGGAAACGGAAAGUUGUUCGAGAAAGCGAAUGUUCGAGUUAUCGGAUGACCCCGAAAAAUCCAAUUUUUUCAUAUUUGGAAGUUUUAACAGGCAGCAAUAAAGGAUAUGUAGUCACUAAUACAAAAUUACAAGUCAAACUAAAUCAUUGAGAAAAAUAAGCAUCUAAUGUCAUUUGUUUUCUCUUUCUAACCAGUUCCUUCUCUAUAACACCAUUUAUUUUAACGAAAUGCUCACGGAGCACUUCUCCAUUCUCUGAGAAUAGGCAAUAUCUUGAUAUUACCUCUAUCGCAUCUCUUAUUUUGUCCGUUGUUGGCUUUGUCAAAGGGUUGUCGUUGCUUUCUUGGCUGUCCUCUUGGCUGUCUUCUUGGCUGUCCUCAACUUCAACAACUUCUUUACCAAUUAGCUCAGCUAUGAUAUCAUCUUCAGUUGUCAAUGCUGCUCUUGCUAAGACUUGGUCGUCGCAGUCAAUAAAUUCCUCUGCAUUUGUUUUUUCUGGAGCAAUUUCUUGAACUCUUCUUUGCAGUUUCGUCAAUGCUUUCACCAAGUUUUCAAAAGGGCCAUCUUCAUCUGAUGCUGCUUGAUGUUGAUUUUCGGAAGAAAGGCCAGCUUUGGCAAAGCAGUUAACGAUUGUCGUUUCAGAUACCAUAGACCACGAUGCAGCUAAUGUGUCCUUUGCAUCCAAAAUGCUAAUUUUUGGUACUUUUGUUGAUCAAUUGCUCUGAUGUAUUUCUGCACCAAAACUGUUCGGUUCUUUGCCUUUAAACUUCGGAUUACCCCUUGAUCCAUUGGCUAUGUCUUAGAUGUUGUGUUUUGCGGCAGAAACACAAGCUUGAUUGCUUUCAGGUUUUCUACUUCUGGAUGUGGUGGACAGUUGUCGACAACAAGAGCAACCUUUCGUUUCUGUGCCAGAAAUUUGUUGUCCAGUACUUCUACCCAUUCUUGAAACAACUCACCACUCAUCCAGCUUUUUUUCUGAUGUCUAUAACGGUAUGGCAAAGACCUAAUCUCAUUGAAGCAUCUUGGCUUCUUUUUAUUUUUCAAUUACAAACAUGAGAAGCAUUCUCCAAUACCACUGGAUCUGCCAUUCCAGUCAGGUGGACUUUGCUGUGCUGUGCUUACCUCCAAUGCAAGCUUCAGACUUCAAAUGCAUUGACUUGUCAGGCAUACACUGAUAGAACAGCCCAAACUCAUCUGCAUUAUAAAUAUCUUAAAGUUUGUACUGUGACAGGAGAUUGGCGAAAAACUUAGAACUGCAAUAGAACCUGAUUAUAUUAUGGAUAAGUAUGCCGUUUGCGUUUCAAAAAUCAAUGACGUUGUCGGUCUACUACGAAAGGGAAAAUGAGAAAUUUGCGAAAACAAUCUUUUUUUCUUGAGAGCUGAUCAGUACAGUUAUUGUCAUGCAGUUUUGAAAGAGAAACCUGUAAACUUAGGUGAUGGUGAUGGCAUGCAGGUCCCUUGCACAUUGAUAAUAGAAGGGUCAAAACGUUCUAUUGUCAGACUGCUAGAACAGUUAUCACUAACUUAAUAAAACAUUUAAAUUGUAUUAUAAAACUGUCUUUUUAAUCUGUUAACUGUCAUCUGCCGUUUAAACAGAUAUUUUACACGUAUUUUUAAUUUUCUCACAUAACUUAAAACAAAAAAGUUCGAGAUAGCGAACACUUUUGGUCCAAGGGAAGCAGAAAACGGUUCGACAUAACGAAUAGCGAGCAGUCGAGAUAGCAAACGGUUUUUCUAUACGUACCCCCGUAGCAAAACCAAGAGAAACAGAAAUUGGUUUGAAAUAGCGAAUGUUCGAGAUAGCGGGCAGUCGAGAUAGCGGAUGUCAACUGUACAUAGGGUUUUAAUGGACUGAGUUAUAAUGCACAGGCUUUUAUGUACCGGGUUUUUUUGAUUAGGAACAAAAUGGUGAAUACUAAUUCGAAGAUCAAUUCGCCAUUUCCCUGAUUCAUAGCAAUGUUCAGUCAUAGAUUAAAAUGCACGGCACCUGGAAAUGAAACCUUACUUAUAUCUUUCAGUACAGGGGUUAUUCUAAAAUGGUUUUGUUGCCGUUUUGUGGAAUUGUGAAUCUUAUUUAUGGUGUAUGUAUGUUUAAUUUUGUCAUCAAAUAAAUUACAAUUUAAAAUUAAGAGAAAGAAAAAGAUCUGAUUACAGAUAUAUAAAAUUUACUAAAAACACCCCAGGUUAAAAAAUGGCAGGAAUAGCAUUAAAAAGGUCAAUACGAUCUUUAUUCCAUAAUGGUCUCUCCAGAGGUGUUAUAAAAAAAUGUGAAAGUGAUUUCAAUUUUGUGAUGCUGUAAAAAUCAAGCAUCUUGAAUAAUUUUUCAGAGCAUGUAGAAACCGUCGGGAAAACAAAAAGAAAGUCAAAUUCAAACAGCAGAUCAAAACAAAAGCUUAAAGUUAAAGAAGAAUUAUACUAAAUAGUCAUUCAUUCCUUAACCUAAAACACUUUAGCCUUUGAUCUUGGCUGUUUUUCUUCCUUUCAUCCUUAUCUAUCACACCACCCUCUAUUCCCUGUAAAUAUUUUCUGUCUCCAAUGCCAAUGUUAUCAAUGCAAUCAAACGACAGACUGUGAGAUCAGUUGUUUUCGUUCUACCGUUGUUUCGGUCCCUUUAUUCAGUACAAUUUUAAUGCUUUACAAAAAAUUACCAGUACUUUAAUUUCUGGUGUCGUGAAUUUUUCUUUGAAUAACCCCUGUUUCAGUAGCAAACUUCAAUAUAUAAAGUUCAUGGUAUAAAAAAGUAAAGUCUGAUUUUUUUGCUUUUUAUAAAAUUUAACCUUUUUUGUUAUUCUAAUAUAUCUAUC